UGGAGAAUCAUAGAGUCAACAACAAGAUUAAUUCUACUCAAUCUAAAGACAAGAGUUUCAUUUCUUAAUUAAAUCUUUUCAUCUCCAACUUAACUAUGGCUCCGAACACAACAGUUUCUGAUGCGAAUGUUGAUAAUCUUUCUCUUGUGCUUCAUAAAGCGGGUGACAUGAGACUUGAACAAACGCCUUUACCAUCGAAACCAGGGAAAAAUGAGGUAUUGCUGCAAACACAAAAGGUUGGAAUCUGUGGAUCUGAUGUACAUUAUUGGGUGAAAGGAGGCAUUGGACACUUUAUCUGUAAGGAACCGAUGAUCUUAGGUCAUGAAACUAGUGCAAAGGUCGUUGAAGUAGGUGAAGGAGUGACUCAUUUGAAGCCUGGAGAUCGAGUAGCAAUCGAACCCGGUGUUCCUUGUCGAUACUGUGUCGAUUGUAAGGAAGGUGCUUACAACUUGUGCAAGGGCAUCUUUUUCUCGGCCACCCCACCAGACAACGGAACCUUGACCAGAUACUUUAAACAUGCGGCCGAUUAUUGUUUCAAGUUACCCGAUCAUGUAUCUAAUGAGGAAGGUGCUCUCAUGGAGCCCUUGUCAGUCGCUAUUCAUGCCUGUAAUCGAGCCGGAAUAUCAGGAGGUCAAAAAAUUCUCGUUCUCGGCGCUGGUCCGAUCGGAUUGAUGUCAGUUCUGGUAGCUAAAGCUUAUGGUGCAACUGAUAUCGGAAUUACUGAUAUCAAUGAGGAUCGUCUUAAAUUGGCAAAACAAUUAGGAGCAACAAGCACUUUCUUGCUAUCCAAGGAUAUGUCAGAAGCUGAAACAAUUGCUGCUGUUCACAAAACCCUUGGAUAUCAUCCUGAAGCAGUUCUUGAAUGUUCUGGAGCAACAGCAUCAAUAAGAUUGAGUAUUAUGGUCUGUAAAUCAGGAGGAGUCGUUUUACUCAUUGGUAUGGGUGCUGACGAAGUUCAAGUUCCUCUUUUAUCAGCAGCAUGUCGAGAAGUUGAUAUUCGAGGUGUAUUCAGAUACAAGAACAGUUAUCCCAAGGCAGUCAACCUAAUUGCGAGCGGAAAGAUUGACGUUAAACCAGUAAUAAGCCAUCGAUUCAAAUUAGAAGAAGCUCAUGAGGCAUUUGAACUUGCUCGAAGUGGCAAAGGCGUCAAGAUCAUGAUCGACUGUGGUCUUGAAUAAGAGGAAGCAGCGACUAAUUUCAAUGAUAGUUCGCUAAUUGUCACAAUAAUCACAAUUGAAAUUGUUAAAACAAAUUUAUAAUCAUACCAAGAAUCACUUUUGGUCAAUCCAAUAAGAAACUAAUCAACAUUUACUUUCAAGUAAAAUCAUUAAAAUAAUUAAUCAAA